CAGGUUUCCUGGUCUAGCCUACCCACCGCUUCCCGCCGGCGAGCGCACUCACUCUCUGCGCUCCGCACUCACGCAAGCUCCUAUUUAUUUCUGCCCUGGUAUACUCCGGACACUAACGUGUUUUUAUCAUCCCAGAGUAUCCUUUCCCUCGACAAAAUAAUGGUGGAUAGAUUAUUUUUUUGCUGUGUCUUUACACCCACAUGCAAGUGAUUGUUUGAGAUGGAAAUGUUCGCUGGUGGAUCAUGGAGGAGAUUCUGACUUAACACUGGACAGCUUGUUUGAACGCUCAUCUUCCGUUUUUUUUCAUAGCACCAUUUUGAUAUAUAAGGACAUGAUAGAUUGACAGUUGUUUCUCACAACUUUCGUGGUUCCGAAGGCUCUAUCGCGUUUCAGCACUGCACCCUGUGGACAGCUCAGCAUCCUUUUUUCAGAACUGUCCGAGCUCGGAGAUAAAACUUUCAAAGCGGCAACAAAUAACAAUUUUCGUCGAAGAGAACUACCGCGUUAACAGAAUAAAGUCAUCUGUCAAGGACAGCGAAUACAUUUCAUUUUGCAAAGGGAGAGCUGAACAGUAGCCUAUCUGAAAUGGAUUGUAUCGCUUUGAGCCGAGAGACGGCUGGUCUCGCGAAACCGCCGAAACACUUGUGGCGACAGCCCCGGACUCACAUCCGAAUCAAGCAGCGGUAUCACUCAGACACCGAACGCUACCUGAGCCGCAACAGGACCAUUGAAAAGCUCCGACCCGGACUCAAAAAGCCUCGAAUGUCUUGGCCAUCCUCGUUUCCAAAACGUUUUGACGUUGAGAAUGGCUUGUCAGUGGGCCGCAGUCCGCUGGACCCCCAGGCGAGCCCAAGCUCGGGGCUGGUCCUGCAGGCCAACUACCCCCACAGCCAGCGCCGUGAGUCCUUCCUGUACCGGUCCGAUUCUGACUUCGACCUGUCGCCCAAGACCAUGUCCCGCAACUCCUCCACCACCAGCGAGCUACACGGAGAAGACAUGAUCGUCACACCUUUUGCACAGGUUCUGGCCAGUCUACGAACUGUUAGAAGCAACUUCGCUCUUCUGACUCACCUACAGGAUCACAUUGGCAACAAGAGACCAUCUGGAAACAAACCUCCCGCCUCGUGCAAGCCACACCUGCCAGAUGAGGCGUGUCAGAAGCUGGCCGUGGAGACGCUGGAGGAGCUGGACUGGUGUCUGGACCAGCUGGAGACGCUGCAGACGCGCCACUCCGUCAGUGAGAUGGCCUCCAACAAGUUUAAAAGGAUGCUGAACAGAGAGCUGACUCAGCUAUCUGAGACCAGCCGCUCAGGAAACCAGGUGUCCGAAUUCAUCGCCAGCACUUUCUUAGAGAAGCAGCACGACGUGGAGAUCUUGUCUGCACCUGCCAAAGAGAAGGAGAAGAAUCGUCUGCCUAUGUGUCAGAUCAGCGGUGUGAAGAAGCUCACGCGCAGCCCCAGCCUGCUGCCCACCGCCAUCCCCCGCUUCGGGGUCAGCACCGACCACGAGGGCCGCCUCGCCAAGGAGUUGGAGGACAUUAACCGAUGGGGCCUAGAUGUCUUCAAGGUGGCGGAAUAUUCCAGGAAUCGGCCUCUGACGGUGGUGAUGUACUCCAUAUUCCAGGAGCGAGACUUGCUCAAGACCUUCAAGAUCCCCACAGACACCUUCCUGACAUUCAUGAUGACCCUGGAGGCCCACUACCACUCUGACGUGGCGUACCACAACAGCAUCCACGCAGCGGACGUAGUUCAGUCCACUCAUGUGCUCCUCUCCAGACCUGCGCUCGAGGCGGUGUUCACUGACCUCGAGAUCAUGGCGGCCCUGUUUGCCAGUGCCAUACAUGACGUGGACCACCCAGGGGUGUCCAACCAGUUCCUCAUCAACACGAAUUCGGAGCUGGCGCUGAUGUACAACGACGCGUCGGUGCUGGAGAAUCACCACCUGGCCGUGGGCUUCAAGCUUCUGCAGGAGGAGAACUGCGACAUCUUCCAGAACCUGAGCAGGAAGCAGAGGCACUCACUGCGCAAGAUGGCCAUCGACAUGGUGUUGGCCACAGAUAUGUCCAAACACAUGAACUUCCUGGCCGACCUGAAGACCAUGGUGGAGACCAAGAAAGUGACCAGCCUGGGCGUGCUGCUGCUGGACAACUACUCGGAUCGCAUACAGGUCCUGCAGAACAUGGUGCACUGUGCAGACCUGAGCAACCCCACGAAGCCUCUGGAGAUCUACCGGCAGUGGACGGACCGCAUCAUGGUGGAGUUCUUCACCCAGGGCGACCGCGAGCGGGACAAUGCCAUUGAGAUCAGCCCCAUGUGCGAUAAACACAAUGCCUCCAUCGAGAAGUCGCAGGUGGGCUUCAUCGACUACAUCGUCCACCCGCUGUGGGAGACCUGGGCGGACCUGGUGCACCCGGACGCCCAGGACAUCCUGGACACGCUGGAGGACAACCGGGAGUGGUACCAGAGCAUGAUCCCCCGCAGCCCAUCGCCCGAGGAGUGCGCGGACAGCGACGGGCGCUCGGGCGGCCAGGGAGGGGGCGGCUCCAGCCUCAGCUCCUCGGGCGUCGACAAGUUCCAGUUCGAGCUGACGCUGGAGGAGGAGGGGGAGUCCGACUCCGAGGCGCCCCAGGAGGAGAUGUCUCCGUCGGGGGGAGAGCUCUCGCCAGCCUCCCCCUCCUCCUCCAGAACUACGGGGCCGGCGCUGGGGCUUCUGAGCGGGUCGGUGUCCUGCGGUCAAGGCCAGCAGAGGACGUUCCUGCCCGCUGAGCCCGCCACAGGGUUCCAGGCCAGAGACAGCAGCGACAACGAACUCGAGCAGGACACCAACGGGCUAUCGUGCCUGCGGCUCGGGACAUAGCGCCCCCCGAGGAGCCCACCUCACGGCCCAAGAGGGGUUCGUGAUGGCGUGUGUUAGACUCACCUGGCGUCUGGGUGCUGAUGGCUGGUGCUUUGGGAGAAAGAGAGGCACCGAUUGGCCGGGGAGUGAUCGCCGCUCCAAUCAAACACAGUGUAACACUGAAAAUGACUCUGUUCAAUCAAACAAGAAAAACCUCACUUCACAAAUUCAGAUCUUGUUGAACAAGAAUGUGUUUUCUAAUCUGAGAGACCGCUUUUGUUUUUUGUUUUUGCGGUUUUAUUUGAAUGGUCAAAUGGUCUUGAACAUGAGACUGCUGUUUGUAGCCGUUUGCACAGACACUGGACCUGCAAGUAAACGACGAGUAAACGACUGCUCGUUCGAGGUCUACUGUGAAAGCAAGGGAGCUGCCUUCUUUUGAGGGACGAAACGUUUGUUGUGCAUCUUUUGUGUCUGUUUGAAAGCUGUGUGACGUUAGAAGUCACAGUGAAAUAACAGGGUCUUGGAGUGAUCGCUCUAGUGGGUAAAGCCCACCUAAAAUACUUUUUUCGAGAAAUAAAAUCGAGCAGCGAUCUCCAGCUGUGCCAGCUGGGUAGCCGCAAAUUACCAUGACAACCAGGAAGGGGCUGUUUUACCAAAUAUUUUGAUGAAUCCUCAGAAAAUUGUGACAUCAACCUCAGGGUAUGAAUCGUUGUUUUAAUGUAGCAAGAACUUUAUUCUGGGUUUUCUUUUACCCAAAACAUUUUAAUUGAUUUUUAGAUACAUGUAAAUAUUUGUUAUUUUAGAAAUUCACACCAUAAUAAGUUCUGGUUAAGUCAGGUUUAUUUAUUUAGCACUGAUUUGUGUAAUGCGUAACCACAGACAGUUGUAAACAUAAGCAAUCACUAAAUGGGAAGGAUUGCCCAUAGAUUUUAUGAUAUUCAUAAUAUUGUUCUCAGUGUAGUUUAGUCCACUUUCAUGAAUAUCCUAGACAUGUUUGUAAAAUCAUCUAAAACCACCACUUUUACACUCAUACUUGUCCAAGUGUUCUGUUGCAGUUUGACCUUGGUUACGGCAGUUGUGCUCUUGUUCGAGCGCUUGACCCUGUAUUACAUGUGAGGAGGAUGGAGGGCGCUCUGUCCAGAGGCCAGUAGUGCUACCAGGCCUGCUCCACUGAAGCACUUUACAACUUUAAAGGAGAGGAAAAGGGCUUGAACAAACAGUACCCGCACAGGAGAGCCGCUGGGCGCAUGUCCUGUCCUCUGGGCUGAGGCUAAGCACACAUGCUCUCAACGCAUAUCAGCAUUACACACUUUCAUUCAGAAUCUGUAAACGCCUUUAAACUAUGUGUCGGCAAAGAUUUUAAAAUGUUUUUAAAAACACUACAAGCAGCAAAUGUAAAGGCACUUAAUUGGCACUGAAAUGUUUUGAAACUUUGUGUUGUGAUUAGAGAAUGUUGUUGUGUCGUGUUGUGAGGAGUGCUGCUGUUCUGAAUAAGUGCCUGCGAUCAGUGCGGAGAGUUGUUCUGUAAUGUGUAAAUCCAGCCAAAUAAACUGCCAAACAGGUGAGAAAGCGCCAGGAAGGCCGCACCCUCACAGUGUCCACAGAUGAUACUCGUGGGACUCCCCCAAUUAAAGAGCACACAGUUUUUAGACAAACUCCUGCAAGGUGUUAAGAAGAAGAAGAAACCAUACAAACAUACACCCAAGUGUCUCUUAGUAAGUCUUCGGGUUUUCAAGCAUUUCUGACACCUUUCAUCGCAAUUACUGAUAAACUUUAAGAUCAAACGCUAAAUACGAUUCUGUCGACACUGACCACAGGUGAGGGAAUGAUAAACGUGAGGUCAGGGUGCUGUCCAUUAUCAAAUAAGAAACAUUGAAAUCAGUACCUUGAGAACCUUUCAGCAGAGCUGAGCUGACCAGCCGCUACAUGAGACGAGUCCACAGCAGCACGUUCUCCCCCGCGCUGCGCUGCGUUGCCUUAUGUGUCUUUUAAUCUAUUCUGUUGUGCCGAGUUUUGAUGUAUGUAUGGUAUGUAUUUCGAGUAUGUGUAUCCAAGCUUAUUGGGCGCCCAUGACUUCCAGUGUUCCUUAAAAAGGUCUGUGCUCAUCACUCCAGUAGCGCAUGGUAUCCUGUCUGUUUUUAUCCACAUGCUAAGCCAAAAGACUCAAGUUUCAAGUUUAGAACUAGUAAUAGGCUACCAAUAAUUUGUUAUCAGUACAGAAAAUGCACUUAUGUUUUAUGUACGAGAAUAAACAAGUAUAAAAAUG